AUGGUAAAGCUAAAACUACUGGCACUUGCCGCAAGCUCAGUUCAUGGAAGCGACAUAGCUACAAAUACUCAGUGUAGAAAGCCGGAUCAGUGGUUCAAAAACUUAUCAAGCCGUGUAAAUUUCUCGUGCCCAGACGAACUGACCGACUCCUCGAAGUGCCAAGUCACCUGCCCAGAUGAUUACACGCCGUCUAUUCCAGAAGUCACUUGCUCCUGCACCAGAUUUAGGUGGAAAGAAAAGAAGAUAAACGGCGUCUACCAAGUUCCCUUCAAAUUCGGCUCGAUCGCUGAAUUUGGCUUUUCUCAAUCGACGAAGAACUCGAUUCGCGAGCACUUGGACUGGUUCAACUCGGAGACGAAAAAGUGCAUCGUUUUUAAAGAAGACGAUUCGGACUCGUUCAACGGCGCUAGUCUUGGUUCUGGCUGCCAUACUCUCGGCCGAUCCCUUCACGAAUUCUUCCACGCGCUUGGUUUUCUCCACGAGCAUCAGCGACCCGAUCGAGACAACUUCGUCGACAUCCACUGGGAAAACAUCCGAAACGGACAUGCCUCGGAUUUCUCCAAGAUUUCCAUGAACCAGUUUUCUGAUAAUUUCAUCGGCUACGAUAUCAACAGCGUAAUGCAUUACUCGACCGAUGCUUUUUCGAAUGGUAACGGCCCGACUCUGACGCUCAAAAGCGGCUUGAAUCCGAUCACGAAUGGCCAACGACUUCGUCCGACGACAAAAGACAUGAUGGGCAUCUGCAAGAGUUACGGCUGCGAUCCUACUUGCGGCAACGAGCUGGAAAUGUGCAACAGCGGCGGAGAACAAUACUUUGCCUCUCGCCGAUGCGAUGGGUUCGCUGAUUGCACUGACGGCUCGGAUGAAAUGGGCUGCGAAGAAAACUGCUGCAAAAAAUGGGAGUUUGGAGGCGAAGUUUUUGAAGAACAAGGAACCUGGGCAGGGCAAAAAUGGUACCGAUCGCCGAGCAGUUCCAAGGUCAUUUAUUUGAAUGACAGGAUGGGAUUUUGGAUUCUCGGGAGAACGCUCGGAUCGGAUAGUGCUUACUCUUUUGGAAACUUUGCGCCGGGACAAUGCGCCAACGAAGCAUCCGGUUGGUUAACCUACAACGAUCAAAUCAACGAGUGGGAUCCCGUCAACUACAUACCCAACUGCCUUGACCGUAGCAACGAGUUCGACAUGACGACAACUUUCGCUCCUCCUUCUGGAAUCCACUGGCAAGUCGAUGACAUGCUCAAUGGAAACUCAACAGGAAACGCGACUAGUUGGGAGGACGACUAUCUUGAUGAAGAUCAGAAGUGCUCGGAAUUUGAUCUUCCUUGGCUGAGCGCUGGAAAUUGGACUUGUUUAGGACAGUGCGAUAACGCAUUCGGCGAUGUCGACCAGGGCGACUUUUGCAUCCCCACCUGUCCAGCCAACUUCGAGUUAAAAUGUUCCUCCGGCGACCUUCUUUCCAAAACCGCUCGAUGCAAUGCCGUCGACGGUCACGUGUUCUUCACCCACGACCAUACUGACAUCCCCUACGGCGGCUGCGAUUGCGUCCCAAGCGGAUGCAACAUGUCAGAAUUGCCCGUCAGCGAGUUUUACAACUGGAUGUGCAGAGAUACCAGAGGCGGUUUUGUUCCUGAAGGGACGCUUUGUGAGCCAGAAUGUAAGAAAUGGCAUGAGACAGCGAUUCCAGUCGGUGGUGAUGGCUUAAAAAAUCUAUAA